AUGAAUAUUACUAAUUUAAUGUCGGGCUUAUUGACAACUUCGGGGUGGUCCCCAUUACUCUAUUCGAGUCUGAGCUCUUUAAGAUACUCAAUGUCGCCCCUUCUCAAUUUUAUCCCAAAAUUUGGGCCUUUGCACGAAGAUUCAAUAUUAUUUGUUAGGGCCUAUAUCACACCUACAACUGACGUCCUUUUCUCUUUGUAUGAAACUAAAGUUGUGGUGGCUAAGGGUAUUUGGGUUUUUGUGAGUGUCAUCCCUGGUCUGCUCUGCUUUUUCCAUAUUCCUCCAAUUAUAAGGAAUGGGAAAGAUAAGUUUAUCAAGGUUAGGGGAAACGUUCACUUUCCUAAAGUUAUCUAUGAGGAUGAUGGGGUUUUUUCGAUUUCCUCUCUAUUGGACGAGUCAGCAUAUGGCAAUUAUCGGUUACAACCUAAACAAACCAAGUGUCACAGAGAAAGAGGCGAUCCAAUUUUUGGAACAAUUUUGUAUCAUAUAGUGACCACUCCAAAUUAUUGGAGUUUUUGGCAAGGAUGA